UGCUGCCUUCCGGGGCUUGGUGGCAUUAUAACUCAUGACAGGUAAACUGGGCUGAUAAGGUCUGAACUUUGACCAUAAGUCAGUGGCAAAGGCGGAGUCUCUUGGAGCUUGAGAAGCAAGAGCGUCAUUGUACACAGUGGAUCCACAUCAUUGAAAGAAGCUAACCGGUCUCCAGCUGAUGAGAAAACAGCAGCACUCUUCAGAACUCCCUGAUCCUCAGGUUCUGGAUGCCUUCAAGCUGAACCUUUCCAGGAGUGAAAAGAAAACAUCUCCUGGAGCUCAGAGUCUUUUUCUUUGGAACUUUACAGACACUAAAACUGUUUCUCCGUGAUGGUGCUGUGGAAGAUCCCCCCUGUUCUUCUCUGUAUGUCCGUCCUGCUCCGCUCAGUGGAGAUGGAGGUCCAGCUGGAGCCCAUGAACGCCACGGUUCUGCUGGGCUCGGACAUCCAGUUCUACGCCAGAGUGCAGGGAAGCUGGGACAUCAUGACCUGGCAAGCUAGAGGCUUUCAGGUUCUCACAAUCCGGAAAAAUGGGGAGGUCACAUCAGAAAAUGGGUUUUCAGCCGUGUUCUGCCAGGACACGGAGACCAGCUGCGUGCAGUUUACCAUCUACAACAUCAGCCGCGCAGACGCAGGACCGGUGUCUUGCAUCGUUCAAGGAAGCUACGCUCCACAGACGGCGUAUCUCAGCGUUCAAGAGAGCGGCACUCUGCGCAUCCUUGGAGGGAACCAAACCGUCAACCAGGUCCAGCAGGUCCGGUUUCAGUGCGUGGCGGCUGGCUGGUAUCCCGCACCUUCAAUCAGCUGGAGCGAGAAUGGGCAGGCUGUGGAUAGCAGUCUGUUCAACACCAGCAGCUCCAUUUCUGGGGGGGUCUACAACUCCACCAGCAUCCUGAGCUUCUCCGCAUCCAGCAGCACCACCAUCAAAUGUUUGGCCUCCAUUUCAACCCUCCAGGAGCCCCUGUCAGACGCCGUCUUCCUGACCGUUGUUCCUCCUGACUGGACGGUGCUGGUCGCUGUGGUUGUGUCCUUUGGAAGUUGUGCUUUGCUGGUUUUGCUCAUUGUUGGAAUCGUUUUCUACAACAAACGGAGGAAAAGCAAACAGCUGAACUACACAGAUGAAAUGAGUUUUGGAUCCAGGAAGGUGAGGACGCAGAGCCACAUAAGCAGCAUAACUUCUCCUGAAAACAGGCGAGGACGAGACAACCCGUCGUUCCAGGUCCACACAGCUGAAAGUGGAGAUGUUUCCACCAACCAGCACAGCAGCUCCAACGAUGCUCAGGUGAAAGAUUUGGUGAAACAGGCUCAAUCCAUGAAGCACAGACACGUCACCAUCGUGUGAUCAGUCGACAAACUCAACGCACAGCAACGUUUGUGUGGAGUUGAUCAGAAUGUAAUCUGACAGCAUUAUUACAUCUGGAGGAUCUAAUGAUCAAACUGAUUCUUUAAUGUGAAAUCUGCUUUUGUUUUUAUGGUUUAUUCUUCUUUAUCUGACAGGAUUUCUGUUUUGAUCUUUUGUUUAAAAAAGUGAAAAUAAAUAGAUUCCAUUUAAAACAUUACACGUUAUUUCAUGUAUUGAGUGUCUGUUUGGAUUUUGGGGUUAAAUUGAUGGAACGAUUCUGUGUUUCUAAAGUCACAUCUGAAUGUUUUUUAACUUGUCACAUGUUGGUUUUUUAGAUGCUCUGAAUAGAUUCUUAUUACAGACUCAGGUCCAUUUGUCACAAAGACACAACAGAGAAAAUACUUUUAAAAAAUAAAAUAAAAGGAAAAUACAAUAACAAUACCAUAAUGUAUCUGAUGACUAAAUAGAUAUGAUGUGUAUAAAUGACCCCACGUUUAAAGUAAACAUGCCUGGAUAGCACAAAGGUUACUCUGAGUAACGCGUCGACCAUUCCAGGAUAUCAGGCU